CACGGCUACCGGCCUCAGCCGAGAUGGCGCCGCCGCAGCCCCGGCAGGCCGUGUUCCGGGCCAGCACACAGCGGUUCCUGCGAGCCCACCCGACUGUGGAGCGGCUGCUCCGAGGUUUCUUCAGGGAGCUGCUGCUCCGGCGUCCAGAAAAUGUCCUCGAGUUCGCUGCAGGUGAGGGGAGGGCACAGAGGGUCCCAAAGGGGGAGAAGGGCACGGGGAGGUCCCCUGGGUGUGUGGGGACACGACACGGAGAGCCCCCCCCCCCCCAAAGAUGGAGACACGGACUGUCCCUACAUGGGGAGGGGGACACAGGGUUCCCCAGGGCACGACGGGCACAGGGAGGGAUUCUGAGGAUGAGGGGGUGCUGCAGGGGGUCCCCCCAGGGCAAAGGGGAACACAGAGGGGUCCCCAGUUCCCGCUCACCACCCCUUGCUGUCGUCCCCCCCCCAGAAUACUUCACCAAUCCGGAGCUGCCACGCCAGAUCCAGGAGGAACUGGGGGGGCCAGGAGCAGCAGAGGAGGGGCAGAGGCCAGCCCCCCACCCUGGGGGGAUGUAGAAGAGCCCCCCCCCCCCCCAAUCCUGCACACCUCCCCCAGCCCCAGAAGGGACCCCCACCACACUUCGCUCCACUCUGAGCCCUUUAUUCCAUGCUGGGGAACAGCCUUGGGACCCCCCCAA